AUGUUGUUUAAUAAUGCCAUUGAAUUUAAAGAUGCUGUGAGGGAAUAUGCAGUGAAAGGGGGCUAUGAUGUCAAAUUCACAAAAAGUGAGACAUGGAAGGUUCAAGUCAACUGUAGUGAUGGGUGUGAGUGGAGGCUUUAUGCCUCUAAGAUGAGUGGAAAGAACACAUUACAAAUUAAGACAUACAAACCUACACACAAUUGCAAUAGAAGUUACAAGAACAGACAAGGACCGGUUCCAACUCUUGAAGAAUUGUGCCCUGAAAGCCAUUAUAGGUUUUGUUUCAUACAACUUUAUGCAAACUUUAAAAAGGAGUUUAGAGGGAAGGAGCUAAAGAGUUGUGUAUGGAAAGCUGCAAAGGCAUAUACAAGGGUUGAUUGGGAGAAACAUAUGAAUAAGUUGCAUAGUAUAGAUAGUAGAGCAUAUGAUUGGAUGAUGAGACUUAAUCCAGCUCAGUGGUGUAGGCAUGCAUUCAAUCCCAGAACAAAUUGUAAUAGAUUGUUGAACAAUAUUUUAGAGUCUUUUAACAGUUGGGUCCUACCAGUUAGAGGUAGAUCCAUUAUCACCAUGUUAGAGUGGAUCAAGAGGGCUUUGAUGGUGAGGCUACAUGAAUGUAGGGACAAAAUGUUGAAGUACCAAGGGCCAAUAUGUGCAAAUAUACAAACUAAGAUUGAACGGUCAAAGUUGAAAAGGCCAACUAAUAGGCCUCAAAAGCAAAGAAUUAGAGACCCAGAUGAGCCUCAGAACCCAUUCAAGUUGCAAAGGAAGUGUACCAGCCUGAAAUGCUCCAAGUGUGGUGUACAUGGUCAUAAUCAAAGAACAUGGAAGGGGCCUGUCAAGGGUAAAAAUGAUGGAGCUGCAAGUUCAUCAAAGAAUGUUAGGAGUCGACAAACUUUCAUGAGAUUCAAAUUAGAUGCAAUAUCUGGGGAAGCAUCAAUUGGUAACCAAUAG